AUGAAAGUGAAAGUUACUCUGAGUGUGAGCAGAGCUGCAGUUGAGGAAAGUCUCUGUGUUUCUCCGUAAAGACCAAUUCAGCUGAAAUUCUCCUGUUCUUCUCAUCUCUACAGCAGAGUCUCUUUCCAUCCCCGGUAAGUUCACAGACGUGCCAGGAAAAAAUACACUGAGUUAGUUUGAAGCUCCGUUAAAACCGGAAGCUACCUUUUAAUGCUCCCGAUAAACCUUAACUUUAUAACCUAGAAAUGUGUCUUUAGAAAUCAAACAGCAACCUAUAUUUUGUCAGGAGUUAAGAACAGAUAAAAAUAAAUAAGUUAAAAAGAUGAAAAACUAGUAAAGUAACUUGAAAUUGCAGCUAGCUCAUCUUAGCCUAAAGCUGUUGACAGCUAGCUCUAGCUGAAGCUAACGUAGAAACUUGAUCUCUUUGACAUCAAAUAAAAACACGAACAGGUCAGACAGUAAAGUCUCGGGUGAAAAGGAACUGAGGAUUCUGACAGGUGUGGUGUUAAUUGUAUUUUUAGAGGCUGGGAGGGACAAAGAGACAAUAAAACAAUUCAGUAACAAAUGUAAGGGGAUGUCGCAGCCGGUAGUCAGAGCAGUAGAUUAAAACAGUGGCGACACUCCCAUAGACAUACGCUGUACAGCCCGGAGGACCCCACUUCCGGGUUAUGGAACUCGUAAUAGUUCCAACAUGACCGCCUGUCACGUCGUUGUUUUAAUCUACUGCUCUGCCGGUAGUGAUGUGCAAAUCGAUACUUAAGUAUCGAUACUUCUAUUACCAGCUCUUUAUGCUCUAAAAUCGAUUCUCAAAUAAAAAUAUCGAUACUUUUAAUACUUAAGUCGUUUGAGAUAACUUUAUUAAGAGGAAAAAAUUAAGAGGAACACAGUGGAAAGUUACGUCACUGCUAAGAGCCUCUGUGUAAUUGUCACGCGGUUGGUGGUACUUUUUCUUCUGCUUGGAGUACGUAAUACGGAAGUGCAACUGCACGCUCCUCAGUCACUCAGGCUGUGUCUCAAAUUAGGGUCUGCCACUGUGCAUUGUUGUUAUGUGAUGCUUCUGAUAUACACACACACACACACACACACACACACACAUAUACAUAUAUACAUAUAUAUAUAUAUAUAUAUAUAUACAUAUUAAAGAACAUAUAUGCAUUCAUACAUACAAAACUGCUGAGAUCUUGUGUAAUUAUCACGCGGUUGGUGAGAGCUACUUCUUCCGCUUGCAGUGCGUAAUGCAGAAGUGCAACAGCACGCUCCUCAGUCACUCAGGCUGUGUCUCAAUUUAUGGUCUGCCACUGUGCAUUGUUGUUAUUAUGUGAUGCUUCUUAUAUAUUAUUAUUAUUAUUAUUUUACAAGCUUCUCACAUUUGUUUGCAGGAAUUUUGGCCCAUUUCACCUGACGGAACUGGUGUAACUGAGCCAAGUUUGUAGGCUGCCUUGCUCACACAUGACUUUUCAGUUCUGCCUAUAAAUUUCCAAUGGGAUUGAGAUCAGGGCUUUGUGAUGGCCACUCCAAAACAUUGACUUUGUUAUCCUUACACCACUUUGUAACCAGUUUGGCAGUAUGCUUAGGAUCACUAUCCAUUUGGAAAACCUAUUUGCGCCCAAGCUUUAACUUCCUGGCUGAUGUCUUGAGAAGUUGCUUGAGUAUUUCCACAAAAUGUCCUUUCCUCAUGAUGCCAUCUAUUUUGUGAAGUAUACCUGUCCCUCCUACUGCAAAAGAACCCCACAACAUGAUGCUGCCACCCCCAUAUUUCACAGUUGGGAUGGUGUUUUCAGGCUUACAAGCUUCCCCUUUUUUCCUCUAAAUGUAACAUUGGUCAUUAUGGCCAAAACGUUCCAUUUCAGCUUCAUCAGACCACAGAACAUGCCUAAAGAUUUUAUUUAAUCAAACUAAUCAAAUAUGUUGAUUUAAAGAGCCUUUUUAUUCAACUCUUAAUAAUUUUAAUAGUGUUUAUGUCAUAGAUCAUAGACCUGUGGUGUAAAGCUUGUUGUACUGACUGAGUAUGUUGUUGUGUUUGUGUGAAGGUGGGGGCUCUGCUAUGAAUCAGUGUGAGGACAGAGAGGAGGGGGCCCCUCCCUCUAAAACCACUCUGUGGGGGGAACAUGAGAGCCAGACCAAAGCUCAGAGGUGAGAUGAGGAUCUCCAACUGUCCAUGACUCUUCUCCAUGUCAGAGCUCAGCACUCACAUCACUCCACCAUCACUAUUAUUCACACUCAGACCUCUGUCUGUCUGUCUGUCUGUCUAAGACCUGAAAAGCAGUCCAGACCAGACUCUCCUGGACCUGGACCUGGACCCAGCUGUGUGUCCUUAAAGAGUGACUGGUCUAUGGGUCGACAUAUUGAUUUUAAAGAUGGACAUCAGUCUGAUCAUCAAAAGUAAUAAUCUAUAACAGCAGCACUCAAACCUGGAAGAUUUUUUAGUGUUCUUGUUUCUUCAUCAGUGUUUGUGUUUCUGUCAGAGUCAAACAUGAAAGACCAGACUCUCCUGGACCUGGACCUGGACCUGGACCCAGCUGUGUGUCCUUAAAGAGUGACCGGUCUAUGUACAGACCUAUUAAUUUCAAAGAAGGAGAUAUUUGUGAUGAGCAAAGGUGAGACUUUCAAACUGAACUUUCUUUUGUUGUGUGUGAAACUUUUCAUCCUAACUGUGGUCAGUGUUUUCUCUGUGAAGGUGAAGAUUUUUCAGGGUUUGUGUUUCUAUCAGGAUCCAACAGCAGUAAACAGGAUCUGAGCCACAAAGACCUGGACUCUGCAUGUAUCUUCAUGUGUGUCUGUAGGAGGAUCCAGCAGUGUUUCUACCAGGAUCCUCUAGAUAGACUCUCUCACAUGUAACCCUGUGUCUCCUUAUAUUAUAUCCACUACAUUAGAUUCUGUUUGUUCCACAGAGUUCAGCAGCAGAGAUCAGAGGUUCCCAUUGGUCAGUCUGCCCAGCAGCAUCAAACACAGCUGGACUCCAUAUUUAUGGUAGGUGUAAAUGUACAAACACAGCUCCUACUGAUCAUCAGAGCAGACACUCAGUAUAUUUGGAGGUUUCUGGAUUGUUUCCUAAUGACUCUGCAAACAUCAUCUCUGCAUGAAUUAUCUUCACACUCACAGUUUGACUGAUUGAAUGAAGCCUCACAUUUAUGACCUGCACAGAGUCAGAGGUCAGAGGUCACGGUGGAUGGUGGUCCAGGAGCAGAGUUCACAAACUGAGUCCAGUUUGAGGUUUAAAGAACAGAAAGACUUUGGUUCAUGUCGAUGACAGCUGCUGCUUUCAGCUUCAUUCUAAUAAACACAUCACCUCUAAAGUCACUGCAGACUUUUUCUCCAUGAAACCACACCAGGAGGUUUCUCCAAUAUGAAGGUCAGGUCAUAGAAACUGGAUUUGUAGAAGACAGGACCAUCCACAAAGUCAAUCCUGAAGCAGCAUUGUGAUCCAGUCUCCAUGCUGGACUCUGUAGACCAGCAGGCUUUCUGUCUGUCACAGAUGAUCUGAUGUUCAGUUCUACAAGUUCAAGUUCACAUUUUGUUCUGUUUCAGCUGCUCCAGGAGAACAUGAUCAGCUUUGUAAAGGAACAGCUGAAGGAGAUCCAGAGAGUUCUGAGUCCAGAUGAACCAGAAUACUUAGAGAGUCAAAGGGAGGAUGAGGAUGAAGAGCAGAGGAGGAGCAGAGAGGCAUUUCUGAAGAUCACUGUGAACUUCCUGAGGAGAAUGAAGCAGGAGGAGCUGGCUGACUGUCUGCAGAGCAGUAAGAGGAUUUGAAGAGAUUUAACAUGAUGGAGACAACAUGGGAGAGGUUUAGAGUUCAGACUCUGCUGUUCAUAUGAUGCACACAUUUGUAUCACAUCUAUGAACUGAGAGAAACUGAUCACAGCUGAUGAGCUGAAGAGAUUUCAGAGAGGAGGGAAAUCAAAUCCAUCCUGAUGUCUUCAAGUGUAAAUUCAUCAGACUGAUUGUAGCUUCAGAUGAUUCAUCACAUUUCUUUUUGUUCAUUCAGGAUCUGCUGCUGCAGAGUGCCGACACAAACUCAAGUCCAACCUGAAGGAGAAGUUCCAGUGUGUGUUUGAGGGGAUUGCUAAAGCAGGAAACCCAACCCUUCUGAACCAGAUCUACACAGACCUCUACAUCACAGAGGGAGGGACUGGAGAGGUCAACGAUGAACAUGAGGUCAGACAGAUUGAAACAGCAUCCAGGAAAACAGAGCGACCAGAAACAACCAUCAGACGAGAAGAAAUCUUUAAAGGCUCACCUGGAAGACAGGAACCAAUCAGAACAGUGAUGACAAAGGGAGUGGCUGGCAUUGGGAAAACCGUCUUAACACAGAAGUGGACUCUGGACUGGGCUGAAGACAAAGACAACCAGGACAUCCACUUCACAUUUCCAUUCACCUUCAGAGAGCUGAAUGUGCUGAAAGAGAAGAAGUUCAGCUUGGUGGGACUUGUUCAUCACUUCUUCACUCAAACCAAAGAAGCAGGAAUCUGCAGCUUUCAACACUUCAGGGUCGUGUUCAUCUUUGACGGUCUGGAUGAGUGUCGACUUCCUCUGGACUUCCACAACAAUCAGGUCCUGACUGAUGUUACAGAGUCCAGCUCAGUGGAUGUGCUGCUGACAAACCUCAUCAGGGGGAACCUGCUUCCCUCUGCUCGCCUCUGGAUAACCACAAGACCUGCAGCAGCCAAUCAGAUCCCUCCUGAGUGUGUUGACAUGGUGACAGAGGUCAGGGGGUUCACUGACCCUCAGAAGGAGGAGUACUUCAGGAAGAGAUUCAGAGAUGAGGAGCAGGCCAGCACAAUCAUCUCCCACAUCAAGACAUCCAGAAGUCUCCACAUCAUGUGCCACAUCCCGGUCUUCUGCUGGAUCACUGCUACAGUUCUGGAGGAUCUGCUGAAGACCAGAGAGGGAGGAGAGCUGCCCAAGACCCUGACUCAGAUGUACAUCCACUUCCUGGUGGUUCAGUCCAAACUGAAGAACAUCAAGUAUGAUGGAGGAGCUGAGACUGAUCCACACUGGAGUCCAGAGAGCAGGAAGAUGAUUGAGUCUCUGGGAAAACUGGCUUUUGAGCAGCUGCAGAAAGGAAACCUGAUCUUCUAUGAAUCAGACCUGACUCAGUGUGGCAUGGAUAUCAGAGCAGCCUCAGUGUACUCAGGAGUGUUCACACAGAUCUUCAGAGAGGAGAGAGGACUGUACCAGGACAAGGUGUUCUGCUUCAUCCAUCUGAGUGUUCAGGAGUUUCUGGCUGCUCUUCAUGUCCACCUGACCUUUACCAACUCUGGAGUCAACCUGAUGGAAGAAGAACAACAAACAACAUCUUCAAUCUCUAAAAUCUUCAGUGUCAAACCAAAACUGAAACAUCUCCAUCAGAGUGCUGUAGACCAGGCCUUACAGAGUCUGAACGGACACCUGGAUUUAUUUCUACGUUUCCUCCUGGGUCUUUCACUGCAAACCAAUCAGAAUCUCCUGAGAGGUCUGCUGACACACACAGGAAGUAGCUCACAGACCAAUCAAGAAACAGUCCAGUACAUCAAGGAGAAGAUCAGUGAGGAUCUGUCUGCAGAGAAAAGCAUCAAUCUGUUCCACUGUCUGAAUGAACUGAACGAUUGUUCUCUAGUGGAGGAGAUCCAACAGUCCCUGAGAUCAGGACGUCUCUCCACAGAGAAACUGUCUCCUGCUCAGUGGUCAGCUCUGGUCUUCAUCUUACUGUCAUCAGAAAAAGAUCUGGACGUGUUUGACCUGAAGAAAUACUCUGCUUCAGAGGAGGGUCUUCUGAGGCUGCUGCCAGUGGUCAAAGCCUCCAACAAAGCUCUGUAGGUGGACACAUGAGAGAUGAAACAUUAUUGUUCAUGAAACUUUGUGUCUGUGCUAAUCACUGAUUCUUCUUCAGGCUGAGUGGAUGUAACCUGUCAGAGAGAAGCUGUGAAGCUCUGUCCUCAGUCCUCAGCUCCCAGUCCUCCAGACUGAGAGAGCUGGACCUGAGUAACAAUGACCUGCAGGAUUCAGGAGUGAAGCUGCUGUCUGCUGGACUGAAGAGUCCUCACUGUAAACUGGAAACUCUCAGGUCAGGUUUUUCUGCUGAUUGAGUUUUGUAGUUGUUUGAAUGAAAUUGUCUAAAGUUGGUACACUUUUCCUUGUUUUAUAUCUUUUUUCUGACUCCAGGUUAUCAGGCUGUCUGAUCACAGAAGAAGGUUGUGCUUCUCUGGCUUCAGCUCUGAGCUCCAACCCCUCACACCUGAGAGAGCUGGACCUGAGUCACAAUGACCUGCAUGAUUCAGGAGUAAAACUGCUUUCUGCUGGAUUGAAGAGUCCUCACUGGAAACUGGAAACUCUUAGGUCUGUAUGAGGUUGAACAUAAAACUUUACUCCGUCAGAAUUAAAAACCAAACUAUCAAAAGCAUAAUUAAAACAGAGAGCUACUUAUGCACUUUUCUCAUGAUCUUGUGAUUAGUUGGGUCAAAUCAAGAGAAUUAACUUAUUCAAUCAGAUCUUGUUAGAAAAGACUGUUAAAACUAAUGAAAAAGAAAUGGAAAAAAGCCAUUGAUGAUAUGUCAAAAGAAACAAAAACUGUUUCUUUAUCUUUGAUUAUCAAUAGAAAAAAAGAGCUUAUUUGUUCAAAUAUCUUCAUGUCUUUUCAGGUUUACUGGAUGUAACCUGUCAGAGAGAAGCUGUGAAGCUCUGUCCUCAGUCCUCAGCUCCCAGUCCUCCAGUCUGAGUGAGCUGGACCUGAGUCACAAUGACCUGCAGGAUUCAGGAGUGAAGCUGCUGUCUGCUGGACUGAAGAGUCCUCACUGUAAACUGGAAACUCUCAGGUCAGGUUUUCUGCUGAUUGAGUUUUGUAGUUGUUUGAAUGAAAUUGUCUAAAGUUGGUACACUUUUCCUUGUUUCACAUAUUUUUUCUGACUCCAGGUUAUCAGGCUGCCUGAUCACAGAAGAAGGUUGUGCUUCUCUGGCCUCAGCUCUGAGCUCCAACCCCUCACACCUGAGAGAGCUGGACCUGAGCUACAAUCAUCCAGGAGACUCAGGAGUAAAACUGCUUUCUGCUGGACUGGAGGAUCCUCUAUGGAGACUGGAUAUACUGAGGUAUAACCAGACAGUUACUGAGUCACAGACAACUACAAAUAUAUUUGGUUUCUGCUGCCUGAGGUCUUCACUUAGCAGGUCAUCAUUGUGGACCAUCUUUCUGAUGGACUCUUGAAUGUGAACUGUUUCAUCCCGGAUAGUAGCUCCGAUGCUCACUAGUUCUCAGAAUCCCACCUUCCUCUUAGUGUAGACCCUCAGGGUUCUGGAUUUAGUGUGAAGACCUCCAUUUGAGUAUUUUGAGGAGCUUUCUUGUCUUGAUGUCAGUGGUUUCUAUUUCUUCCUUUGGCCAGGCUAUGAUGUCAGCAGGGUAUCUGAUCACUGGCAGAGCGUAGGUGUUGAUGGUUUGGAUCUUGUUCCAGCUGACAUAAAGUUUGAUGUCAUCCAUGUAGAGAAGGACAUUAAUCAAAAAAACCUAAAACAGUUGGUGAGAAACGACUUUGAAUCAGACUGAUGUGUGUCUGUCAUUCUGUCUCCAACAGCAGCUAUUUGUCUGCAACACUGGGCACCUGGAUGAGCAUCUUCUCUGAAUGGCCCAGCUCUAAAAUGUGUUGCUGAACUGUAGGUUUGUCUUCCAGUCUGAAUGCUCCUCUGUUCAACAGCUUUGAGUUUUCUUCUGAGAGCUGUCACGUUGUCCUGAACUGCAGAAACUCGUCCCUCUGCCUCUGGUCUCAAAGGAGGACAUGGUGGUUGAUAUUUUGAAGGACAGGAGUCGGAAAUCUUUAGAAUAUAAAGAACCAUUUUUAAAUGCUCUUUACGGAGGACCACAAGGGUCGCAGAAAUUAAAAUAAAAUAAUUUUAAUAUAAAUAAGUUAUUGUACAAUAAAAACAGGAAUUCAUAAUCUGGUUUCCAAAUUCACGAGUUCAUCCAUGAACAAAAAGAGGAAUUAUAAAAAGAUUCUAAAAAUGAAUCUUUAAAACUGUACAAAAGUUUAGUAUUUAAAAAUAGAAUAUAUUCUUUAAUCAGAAGUUUAUAAAUCAGUUUGAAAAUGCUGUCUUAAGAAAGAGAAAUGAAGAAGUGAAUCGACAAACUGAAGUAAAAAUACAGCUUUUAAUCAGACAUUUAAAGGACAAUUCCUCUUUUUAUUUCCAUUUCCUGUCUGCUUUUCCUUUUCCUGUUAGCUAAUCGAUUAACAAAGUCUUUUAUCUUUCUUACCAUUUUUCCUUCCCUCACACUUUGGGCCUUGAGCUGGUAAAACCAGGUAAAAUAAUACAGAUGAGUCAUGAAACAAGCUCUCUGAUUGGUUAUAACCUGGCCUAUUACAUGCAGAUGUCUGCAGGGAGGUGAAGAUGAUGGAGGAUGAGGAAGAAUAGACCUUAUCCAGUGUUCCAGGUGGAAAGAGGUCCAAACCUGGAUAUUGUGACUCUGUGGUCAUUUCUCAGCUCCCUGAUUGAUGAACAGACACACAGGCUGUGUCUCAUUUCAGAGACCGCAUCGUGAUAAGCGCACUUAACGGCGCUUAGCUGAGUGCACUGCCGUUUUGAGCCGUUUUACGCCGUUUUGCGCCGUUCUGUGCCCUUCCUGUGUCCCAUUUCAGAUACAGCAGCCAUCGAACGGCGCAUCUGACGCGUACGUGAGGUCACCACGCGGCACGAACGGUGUCCCGUUUGGCACAAAAUACUAAGCGCGCUUCAAAUUCGGUCUCAAAACCACACUACCCCCGCCUCGUUUUCAAGCGUGCAUGUAUGCACGCUUUCGUGCCGUCGGUAUCCCAGAAUUCUUUGCGUGCCGCUGCACAGCUGUGCAUUUCAGGUGAGAGGCUGGACUCCCUUGGAGACACAGCGCGUCUUCGAAGAAAAUACAAGCAAUCCAAAACCAUCAGACAGUCAGCUCAGGCUGUAUGAGAGCAUGAUCUCUGAACUCACUAAAAUCUGUAAACCAAACAUUAUAGAUUUAGAGACGAACUGAUCCGCUGUGUUACAACUAUCAAAAACAUUAGAAAUGAGAAAGCUGACAAAACUACAGCAGAGGAUCAGGACAACAUUGAGGUUUUUUUUUUUCUUUUAAGAUUUAGAUAUUAAAGUUGUAAAUUUAGGAGAAUAAAGUCAUAAAGUAAUUAAAGUCAUAAAGCUGCUUUUGUGGAGGGGGAAAUGACUGAAGCUGGGCAUCUGCAGGGUUAUCUGUGGAUGUAUCAGCGGGUCAUUCAGAGAGAUUUUGUGGUUUCUGAAGAAACAAUCAAACUGAUGAUGAUCAACAUUUGUGAUCCAGAGGGAGUCGAGCUCCGACGAGCACCACGUCUCUGACACCGGCCGUAGCCUACACCUGCAGAGACACCAACACCUUAUUACGGCAUAUGGAUUCAUAUCAUAAACUAAAGCUCAAUGUCAUUCACGGAUAUUAACGGCUGCAUUGACAGAUAUAUCCUCAGCAUAUUCAUUUCUGCCUCCACAAAAGCAGCGAUUUCCUUCAAGUACACCAAUAUUUUUUUCCCGUGGAAAAGACGUAUUUCUCAGAUAUUCUUUUUAAAGUCUUUAUACUUAUGACAAUGUUAUGCUGAUGUGCCAGAGGAUGAAGAAUCUCCUUGUUUGUGAAACCUAUACUGAAGCACAGUUCCUUCAAAUGCUUCAUGGCCCUAAUUUUAACAAGUCUCUCUGAAAUAACAGGAAACUUUAAAACUUUAUUCUCAUAAAUUAAUGACUUUAUUCUCGUAAAUUCACGACUUAAAUCUCGAAGUCCUUAAAGUCUUAAAUCUCAAUAUGGCCCUCAUACUCCUUCUUACAAAACAAUCAUUGGAUGAAUUGUGCUUGUAUGUAUCUACUAUUUUGUGUCUGUGCAAGGUCGCACAAUUAAAACAAUAAAUGCUGCGCUCCGCGGGUUUCCUUUAAGUCAGUCGUGACGCGAGCCUGAGGGCGGGGACAUUUGGCAACUCCACCAGGAAGUCCUCCGAAGGUCUCCAAAUGUCCCCGCCCUCAGGCUUACGUCACGACUGAUUAGAAAAAAAGCUGCGGAGCGCAGCAUGUAUUGUUUUAAUUGUGCGACCUUGCACAGACACAAAAUAGUAGAUACAUACAAGCCCAGAUCAUUCCCACAAAAUUCAUCCAAUGAUUGUUUUGUAUGAAGGAGUAUGAGGGCCCUAUUGAGAAGGAGGAUAGGAGGUACUUCAUCCUCUGGCACAUCAGCAUCACAUUGUCAUAAGUAUAAAGACUUUAAAAAAAGAAUACAUGAGAAAUACGUCUUUUCCACGGGGAAAAAAACUGGUGUACUUGAAGGAAAUCGCUGCUUUUGUGGAGGCAGAAAUGAAUAUGCUGAGGAUAUAUCUGUCAAUGCAGCCGUAAAUAUCCGUGAAUGACAUUGAGCUUUAAUUUAUGAUAUGAAUCCAUAUGCCAUAAUAAGGUGUUGGUGUCUCUGCAGGUGUAGGCUACGGCCGGUGUCAGAGACGUGGUGCUCGUCGGAGCUCGACUCCCUCUGGAUCACAAAUGUUGAUCAUCAUCAGUUUGAUUGUUUCUUCAGAAACCACAAAAUCUCUCUGAAUGACCCGCUGAUACAUCCACAGAUAACCCUGCAGAUGACCAGCUUCAGUCAUUUCCCCCUCCACAAAAGCAGCUUUAUGACUUUAAUUACUUUAUGACUUUAUUCUCCUAAAUUUACAAAUUUAAUCUCUAAAUCUUAAAAGAAAAAAACCUCAAUGUUGUCCUGAUACUCUGCUGUAGUUUUGUCAGCUUUCUUAUUUCUAAUGUUUUUGAUUGUUGAAGCAGAGCGGAUCAGUUCGUCUCUAAAUCUAUAUUGUUUGGUUAACAGAUUUUAGUGAGUUCAGAGAUCAUGCUCUCAUACAGCCUGAGCUGACUGUCUGCUGUUUUUGGAUUGCUUGUAAUUUCUUUGAAGACGCGCUGCGUCUCCAAGCGAGUCCAGCCUCUCACCUGAAAUGCGCAGCUGUGCAGCGGCACGCAAAGGAUUCUGGGAUACCGACGGCACGAAAGCGUGGAUAAAUGCACGCUUGAAAACAUGCUAAGCGCGCUUAGCAUUUUUUAGCAUCUCGUGCCAAACGGGACACCGUUCGCACCGUCGUGACGUCAUGCACACUUCAAAUGCACCGUUCGACGGUGCAGAAGGGCACUUAGGUCGAUGCGGUCUCUGAAAUGAGACACAGCCACAGACUAAAAACAGAGAUGAUCAGGAGAGAGAUGGGCUCAUAUUUGAAGUUGACAUGGGAAGGUCUUCUCUUCUUGAUUUUCUGCUCUCUUUGUUCGGUGAGCCAUCAAACAAACCCUCAGAGCUACAGAGAAACACCUCCUUCAUACAUCCACCCUCAGUCAGAAACAUGGACUCAAAGUACUGGCUGCAGAAGUGGGUUCAAAGGAGAUCAGAUAGUCUUCAUUGAGCUUCAUCAGCUGAGCUCUACUGCUUUACUGGCACAGCUACAUUCAGUGAGAGCAGCAGCAGACCUGUCAGUCAUGAUCAGGUAAGCUGAGGGGCUGUUUGAGGACAUGCUCUGACUUUGCUCCACUUCCUGUCCAUCCCAAACUGCAGGAAAUCCACCUGCUGUUCCAGGUGUGAUGCUCCUACUCCCUCUGCUCUAGUUGACUCUGAAUGAUCCAAGAAGAGCCUCACACACUCACAUGAGUUCAUCUGAGAGCUUUCAUUUCAUCUUCAUUCAGAUUUAGAAGAAGAGAGCCCACUACUUCAUCUCUCUAUCUGCAGACAAGCUUUCAAGUCUAUUUAGAAGGAGCUUUUUAGACCAAAGUGUGGACAGCUGUCCUAAAAGAAGAAAUGAAGGUCUUUUUCCAAAGGGUCCAAAUCAAGUCUCCAUGUUGUAGGACAGACCAGCAGCCAGCCUUUGCUCUUUGAAUCUUGUUGUUUUUCUGUGAGUUUCUGUCAGAAAGACUCAGAAAAAGUGACAGAGUGAUGGAGACUGUUGGCUCAGAUGAGUUUCAGCCUGUUUCUCUGUCACAGGGACAAACUGAGGAACUCUGCUUCAUGUUGGACAGCAGGUAGGACUCAUGUUGGACACUCAAUCAUUCUGACUGUGUUUCUUCCUCCAGGGUGGACCAUGGUGGAGAGCAGAGGUUAAAACCUGGUCUGAAGAAGUGUAAGUGUUGAAUCAGUUUGACUCCUGAUGACCAAACAGCAGACUGUCAGCUAACAAAGAAGAAAGCCUUCAGGUGUGUCUGAUGAUAACCUGCUGCUGUGUUGUGUCUUUUUCUCUCUGUCAGAUUUCUGUGAACUCACACUGGACUCAAACACAGUACACAGAGAGCUCAGACUGUCUGAAAACAACAGGAAGGUGACACGUGUGGAAGAGGAUCAGUCAUAUCCUGAUCAUCCAGACAGAUUUGAGUUUUAUCCUCAGCUUCUGUGUAGAGAUGGUCUGACUGGUCGCUGUUACUGGGAGGUCGAGUGGAGAGAAAAGGUUUAUAUAUCAGUGAGUUACAGAGGAAUCAGAAGGAAAGGAAUAGGUGAUGACUGUGUGUUUGGAUCUAAUGAUCAGUCCUGGAGUCUGUUCUGCUCUGAUGAAGGUUACUCUGUCCGUCACAAUAACAGAGAAACAGUCCUCCGUCUCUCCUCGUCCUCUGUCUCUGACAGAGUAGCAGUGUAUGUGGACUGUCCUGCUGGUACUCUGUCCUUCUACAGCGUCUCCUCUGACACACUGAUCCACCUCCACACCUUCAACACCACCUUCACUCAACCUCUCUAUCCUGGGUUCUGGUUCUGGUUUCCUGGUUCCUCAGUGAGUUUGUGUUCUGUGUAG